UGAAAUGUAGUGUAACCAAACAAGCCCUAAUUUAUUUUUUGGCUCAAUAAUUGUUAAUUUUAAAUUUCCUAAUUGCUAUUGUAGGAGUGGCUAUGGAAUUCAUCCCGGAGAUUGCCAAGACUGCAUGGACUCAAUACAUCAACUCUAGAAGCCUGGAAGAUAAUCUUGCUCUUCUGAGAACCGAAAUGCAGGAGUUGGGUAGCCGGCAGACCGAUGUAAUUGUUUCACUCCACACAGCUGAGGUAGUGGAUGGAAAGAAGCCAAAGGCAGAGGUGAGUUUAUGGCUGGAAAAUGUGGAAAUGAUUACAAGCCAAAUGACUAAAAUAGAAGAGGAUUGUAGAAAAGUGGGGAGAUAUUUCUCACGCUCACGUGUAGCAUUGGGAAAUCUUGUCAUAAAGAAGAUCGAAGAGGUAGUGAAGCUUAAGGAGAAAGGUCAAUUUUCAGAAGGGUUACUUGCUAAUCUAUCACUUGAAAUGGAAAUUUUGCCGACGACGAAACUGGUGGGUAGAACAACAGCUGAAAGAAAUUUGGAACAGAUUUGGGAGUCAUUGAUGGAUGAUGAGACCAGACUUAUUGGUGUCUAUGGCAUGGGGGGCGUGGGCAAGACUACCAUCAUGAGACACAUUUACAAUAGAAUAAAGAGCCAAAAAAUUUGGGUGACAGUUUCUAAUGAUUUUAGUAUUGGAAGACUACAAAAUAGUAUUGCACAAGCAAUAGGAUUGGAUCUUUCCAAUGAACACGAUGAAAUAAGAAGGUCCAUGAAAUUGCUCGAGGCUUUGAAGCGUAGGGAGAAGCUCGUUGUUAUCUUUGAUGAUAUGUGGAAACCAUUUCCCCUUGAAAAUGUAGGGAUUCCUGAAGACAAUGCAUGCAAGGUAGUGUUGACUACUCGAUUAAAAAAUGUGUGCCGAGGCAUGAAUUGCGAAAAAAAAAUUACAGUAGAGGUUCUUUCAAAAGAAGAAGCAUGGGAAUUGUUCAAGGGCAAGCUUGGGGCUGAUGUGGUGCUUUCUUCAGGAAUAGAAAAGAUUGCGAAGCUUAUGACUGAAGAAUGUGAUGGUUUGCCGCUUGGAAUCAUCACAGUGGCAAGUGCAAUGAGAGAAAAGGAUGACAUUGAAGAAUGGAGAAAUGCAUUAGAGGAGUUAAAACGCUCAACGACGGAGAUCGAAGGCAUGAAUGAUGAAGUUUUUCCAAUUUUGAAAUUUAGUUAUGAUAGACUGAAAUCUGAGAGUGUUCGUUCUUGUUUCUUGUAUUGUGCUUUGUUUCCAGAGGACCACCAAACUCCUGCUAAAGAAUUGAUAAGGUAUUGGAUGGCAGAAGGAUUGAUAGAUGAUAUGGGAGACUGGGAAAAGAAAGUUGACAAAGGCCACACAAUAUUGAAUGUACUGAUAGACGUAUGUUUGUUGGUAAGGUGGGGUAGUACUCAAGUGGUAAUGCAUGAUUUAAUAAGAGAUUUGGCCAUCGGCAUUACAAGGAAGAGCCCUCGGUUUGUGGUCAAGGCUGGGAUCCAAAUAACGGGAUCGAUUGAUAUAGAAGAAUUUACUGAAGAUGCUGAGAGAAUAUCAUUCAUGAGAAAUGAAAUUGAAAUGCUUUCAGGCGAACCAAACUGCCCAAAACUCUCCACGUUGUUGUUGAGAGAGAACCCUCUCUCAGGCAACAUUUCUCAUGAGUUCUUCAAUCGCAUGAACAGCCUCAGAGUUCUCGACCUCUCUAACACUCAGAUUGAGUAUUUGCCAGCAUCAGUUUCAGACUUGGAGAACCUGCAUGCACUCUUACUAAAUAGAUGCGUUAGGUUAAGGGAGGUACCGUCCUUAGCAAAGCUCAAGCGUCUAAGAAUUUUGAACCUCUCUGAUACUGACAUCAAAGAAGUGCCAGAUGGUAUGGAAUGUUUGGUUAACCUUAAAGAGCUUUAUGUUUCGUCUGGAAAUGCUGUUGGUCGUAAUUCAUUAGUGCUUCCUGACAAGUUGGUGAUGUAUAGAUGCGAUCUGUCAAGCAUACCCUGCCUCCCUCACUUGCAACGCUUACAGACAUGUGACAUCUGGUCCUGUAGCAUGGAGUGGUUGUUGCCAAUAAGAGACGACAGCAAAAUAACCUCUUUACCCUCAAUACGGCAACUGUCUCUACAAGAGCUUCCGAAUUUGAGGGGUCUGUGUGAGGGAGUCUUGCUACCUGGCUCAUUCGCAUGCCUCACACACAUGUUUGUCUUCAGAUGCCCAGUAUUGGAGAAUCUCAUGUCACUUGAAUUGUUUCAGCACCUCCAAUGCCUCAAAUACAUCCAUAUUGAAGAAUGCAGUGAGAUGGAGGAGGUGAUAAAAGGAGGAGAAGAAGCUAUGGUUGAAGAAGAAGGUUAUAACAAUAACAAUAACAAUACCAUCCUACUCCCAAAUUUGGGGUGGUUGGAAUUGAGUAAUUUAGGGAAAUUAAAAAGCUUUUGUAAGCAGGUAAUCAUUUGCCCUUCCCUGAAUUCGAUUCUUAUAAAAGAUUGUCCUCGGCUGAAGAAAAUCCCUCUUUCCUUGGCCGACUCAACAACUGUUGAGUAUGGAGAGAUAGUAGGAAGCAAAGAAUGGUGGGAUGCAUUGGAGUGGGAUGAUCCCAACACCAAAACACUCCUCCUACCUUUUUUUAAAGUAGGAGGACGACGUGGAAGGAAAAGAAGAGCAAAAGAAGAAUCAGAAGAGGUUGCUUCGACGUCACGGCAGCAGUAAUCUCCUCAUUAGUAUGGACUUUGGAUUCGUUUGUUUUUUUUUUUUUUUUUUUGUAAUUUUGGUAUUUUAAAUUUCAAAUAAGUAUCGUUGAGAAUUGU